AUGGGUAAUUGUGGUAGUGCACCGAAAACCCAGGACGAGGCUGAUCUUGUGCCUGAGCCUGCCAAGGAGGACUUCGUGAAGACCCAAGAGGAGGUCAAGGUUCAACAAGAAGAGAGAGAGAAUGAUGGAAAUGACGAAAAGCAUAAUGAUGUUGAUGAGAAGCCUGCCAAUGAUCAGGACAACGUGGCUCCGGCUGCCACCACCUUGGUCAAUGAGGCUGAAGAAAAGAAAGAAGCUAAGGAGGAUGAGAAGACCACCGAAAUUAUAUCUGAAGAGACAAAAGAAGCAGAAAAGCCAAAGACUGAAGAUCAGGUAAAUGCUGCACCAGAGAAAGCAUCCGAGGCUGCAGUUUCAGAUGCUGCAGAAGCUCCAGAAGCCAAUAAAUUGGAGGAGAAGACAGCAGAAAAGAAGACAGCAGAUUCGGAAGCCGAGAAACUUGAAAAGAAGACAGCAGAUAUAUAA